GAAACCUCUCUAGAUGGCGCUAAUUGAGUGGUUUACAUAGACGUAUGUGUAUGUGCGUGUGACGUAUUGAUGUAUGGCUAUCCCCAUGUUUAGUUAAGUUCAACGCCGUGAUGUUCUAGCGAUGCCAUUCCUUUUCACGCUUCGGCAGUGGUUAGAGCGGCGCUCCACCCGCGUUACUACCCUGAUCAGCCGACUGUCAGCGGUGGGCGAUAAGCGUGGCAGUCGAGCGGAAGGCAUCGCGGCAAAAUCGUGUCGUAUUUGCACCUGGUUCCUUUUAUGCGCCAAAGAAAGCUUAGCGCUGCUGUGUUUCUUUUUCUUUUUUUUUGCAAGUAUCAAUAACGUACACCGUGCUAAUGACAAGUACGUUGUGGACAAGUUGGGAACUGACACAGUGCGUAGGCCUAGUCACCUCUAUCGCUUCGCAUGCCUGGAGUCGGCCAUGUUGGUUUUAGAGAGGGAGAAACCGUUGCUCCCACGCAUGAGGGGGGAAAUUCGCUCCAUUUAAAGGCGAAUAGAGUUGGCAUCGCCGUUCCUCCCUUAGUGGAGCAAAGGUCACUCCUUCUUUUCCUUAGAGUGUAGCUCGAAGUUUGGCUCAGGAGCACCUUAAAGGAAGUGUAUUAUUAGGUAAAUGCUAAGGCUGCGUUGUGGUCUAGCUUUCGAAUAGCAACGUAACACAAGUUUUUUUCGUUCCUUUACACUGCUUAACCAUGUUUUUCUAGACUUGGACAAUGCCUGGUGUGUUCCCUUGUUGGCCUCGAUUUCGACCUUCCUCUUGACAAUGCCAUUCACCUGCUUUGGUCUCCUAUUCGUGAUCAUCGUGGAGAAGUUCGGGACCACCCGAGAAGAGACGUCUUGGAUAGAAAGCGUAUUCAUUAUGUGCAGCAACCUAUCAGCACUUGCAAUAGCUUUUCUUCAGCUGCGUUACACUCUCUCCCACAUCGCGCUGAUGGCCGCCGUCCUGACCAGCACAGCUGUUAUCGCUUCUGCAUUCGCUCCGAACGUGGUUUGGAUGAGCAUCGCUUUCGGUGGUUUUUAUGGUUUCGCAGUCAAGCUAUUCGUGGCAGCCGUUUCAAUCUACACUAUGCUGUACUUCGACAAGUACCGGGCUACAGCGCAGUCCUUCAUCAGUGCCUCCCAAGGAGCAGCUGGCAUGGUGGGACAAUCCGUGCUGUCGUGCCUCGAGGAGAGUUACGGCCUCACAGGAGCGUUGGUCAUACUCGGCGGGAUACUCAUGCACGCUGUACCACUCGCCAUGCUUAUGAACGAGCCGCGCCGGAUACGGCUUACAUGCUUCCGACGAAAGAAGUUACUAGCGUUCGACGCCAACAUCAUUGUUACCCCUGUGAUCUGUGGAUCAAACAAAGCCGCCUUUUUAAAGUCGGGGCAGCAGCGGAAUUUCUCGGAUGUACAAGGCAGCGCGGAACAGCAGCUUGCCUUUGGGGCUGUAAAUAAUAAUUCUAUUACAGGGCAAAAAGUAUUCUCGCCUGAAGUUACUAGUGCAGAUGCGAAAUUAUCAUUGGAGGCUGCAAUGUUUCAAGGCUCUAGUGCGAAGGAUUCUCUGAGCAAGUCCUGCAAUACUCGAAGUGAAAACUUGUCCCAUUUAAAAGCAGAGCACAAAACUUCGCUACCAAGUUUGGGACUGAAUUUGAACACUGCACGAAAUCGAACGGUUGUGCCAAACCAAAGCUUCUCCUUAAAAAUUGCGCUUUCACUGUUUAAAGAACCAGCGUUUUACGUUUUACUCUUAGGAUCUUUAGUUGGAGAUUACACCGAAAUGGUGUUCCUCGCCACGGCCGUGGAAUACGCUGAGGAUAAGUCAAUGAGCAUCAAAAACAGUGAACACCUAGUCACUCUGUGGUUUUUAGGGCAGUUCCUCGGGAGUGGCCUAUUACCUCUGUUAGCCGACUGUGUGGGGCAUAGCCGUUCGGUUUUCUAUGUGGUCACUUUCGCACUUUCCUCUGUCUCUCUGGUGGUGCUGCCUCACGUGAUGGAUAUCCCGAGCCUUUCCGUUCUUCUGCCGAUACACGGCAUGGCAAUGGGCUUCAUCAGGUGCGUCAAGUGCGUAGUUAUAGCCGAUCAAGUUGGCCCUGAAAGGACGGCAGCUUGUUGGGGCAUCAGCGGGCUGGCGAUAAUCCCCUUAUCUCUGGCGAACCCAACGAUCAUUGGUUUCUUCCGGGAUACGGGAGGUUCAUACGACAACUUCUACAGGAUGCUCGGUGGGAUGAACUUCUUCGUCAUGGUUCAGUUUGCUAUCUUCCUUGUGUGUAGCAAGAAGAAGAAUAACGCAACCGUAAAGGCGGUCAUUUGCACAGCUGGCACCGUCACAGACGAGGAAAAGGCGUCGUCACCUCCACCGAUGUCGUCAUUGAAAAGUUCACUCGUUGUGGGUUUGGAAAGGAAUUUCGGGAAUAAGAUCGGAACUUUAUCAAUUUGAGCGUCCCCUUUCUCCUAUAGAUUUUUCAGGUUACGUGCAUAGGAAGGGCAUAGUCAUUGUAAUGCGUGCAGAGCCCUCAAAUUCUACUUACUACCUCUACUAACUUACGUCAAAGCAGAAAAGCUUGUUCUGGCAGCUUCAAUGCAGUGCAGCAAUAUAAAGGAGCGCGUCUAGGUUGACACAGCGUCGUUAUUGAAUUAAAAAUGGUAAUGAAAGGACGCAAGGUUGAACGAAAUUGCCUCUGCCAGAGGCAUCAUUAGAAAUUGCGUUGAGUAUUAUAUUCCACAAUGACCCUAAGUAAAAUUUCUGUAUAAUACUUACAUAUAGAAGGGCAGGGUUGGCUGACGUCACGCAAGGGUAAUAGGAGAUGGCUGGGCGAGGUCAUGAUUGAGUUUAGAGCGGACAAGAAAUAGGUGCGAUAUUAUUUUUUAUUAAGGUGAUGGCAAUAAUGAAAAUAUUUUUAACGGCCGAUAGGCACUGAGUCUUCAUUUUCCGCAUUUAGCAUUGUUAGACAAGGUUUGCAAGGAAUCGGACCCAACAUAUUUCAUUAGGAUAAAUUCAAGAUGGAUACAACACCGCGGAUAAGUUUCAAUAGCAACUAUUGAAACUAAAGCGAUAUGUCGCUGAUGUGUUUGGAGGUAGCGGGCUGAAAGGUGAAGCAAGCCCUCUAAGGUCAUCCAUGCGCUGAUAAUUGAUACCAAGUUGACCUCCAGAAGACUUGCGAAGCUACAAGCAAACUCUCCAUAUAACAACAAAAAGAAAACAAGCUCGCUAUUUAGUAAAAGCAAGUGGCGCCAUGGGGAGCAAAAUCGUAUUUCAGCUUCCAUAUCAGGAAAUAAUAUGGAGCAGCAUGAACGUCAAGAAGCGUAUACUGCUAACUUGUAUCUACUUCUGUAAUCAGCCUUAAUUACCGAGACUAACGCUACAAGCCACUGUCAAAACCAACUUCUUUCAAAUAAUUGUUUCUGCAGCCGACCAUGCGAGCACACUUAUUUCAGCGCUGUGGGAAUAUGUAAUCACAGCUGCAAAGCUGCAGCCGAAAGGGCAGUACUUCUGACGCGUCAUCACCCAGCUGAAUAAGUCUUCUUCUAGGGAAGCACAACCUUUCUGACAAACCACUCACCCACGUGAGCUGGCUAGCCUCCUGUUUAAUAGAAUAAACAUGUUGAAAAGCUCCCACAGACGGUAGACUCGUUGCGUCUUGUUGUCUUCUCACACAGCAUAAGGUUGCCUGCCUGCCUUCUUGAAUAUUAAAGCGCACUAGCUCAGGUCAACCUGUCUGUCUUUCCUGGCAAUAAAUUAUAUAUAUUCUUGCAUAUUGUGUAAUAGAAAACGUGUGUGUAGCGAUUGAUCAAGGAGUAGUGCACUGCAGGGGCACGUACUUACCCGUCAGUUCAGGCCGAAUAAAACGUUCUUUUGCAGACCUUGGCCGACCCUGAUGGCCUCGGGGUUGGUCAGACCUGGGGUCUAAACUACCGGGCUUGGUUGUGGGUCGAUGCCUUAUGUACAAGCGCAUGUUAUGCAUACAACCAAAUCAGUCAUUAUGAAUUUAGGUUGACAGCAAAAAGUGACUGCUAAUUACGUUAGCGAACAAAAUAAAUGAAGCGUUGAAGUACCACUUCUUGUUUUUUUCUUUCUGCAAAAGAAUUG